AUGAUUGUUUGGGUUCAGCUCCCUGCUUUGAAAAUCCAUUUUUACCACAAGGAGGUAAUUACGAUGUUGGGGAAUCUCAUUGGCCGAACCAUUAAGUUGGACUAUCAUACGUUAACCCAGCAACGAGCUAAGUUCGCCCGGGUAGCGGUAGAAGUUGAUAUCUCCAAAGCUCUGGUUCCCCGAAUAUGGCUUGACGACGAGUGGCAAACGGUUGAGUACGAGAACCUACCUGAGGUUUGUUUUCAUUGCGGGAGGAUCGGACACAAUAAGGGAGCAUGUCCCCAGAACAAAACGCAAGAAGCAUCAUCCCAAGGUAACGUCGCCGGAGGGUCGCCGCCGGGCAUUCAAACACAACCAUCAGAAGACUCCAAUCCGGGCUUUGGGCUGUGGAUGUUGGUAUCAAGGAAAUCCCGGCGGAAAUCGGGGGAUGGGCAAAUAAAAGGAAAGGAGGAGCAUGAUACAGGGAAUCAAAUCAUAACUGCCAAAAAUAAGAAUCAUGAAGCCGCCGGCAAGGACGCAAUGCAGCCUCCAUCUCUGUUGACAACCUCAAACGGCCCUGAGAUUAGCUCUUGGACGGAGGCGGCGAAAAGACCAGCGAAUGACGAUAGGGAGAAGGAGAAGACUGGGUCGGAGGAACAGCUACAGGCUGAGGUUCAGAGCGAUGUAGCUCGCACUUAG